AUGAAACUAGCAGGCUUUUUGAUGAAGUUGCGGAGCGAACAGGUCACGAUAGAACUCAAAAAUGGAACGACCGUUUGGGGCACGCUACAGACAGUCUCUCCGCAGAUGAACGCGACCCUGACGGAUGUCCGACUAUCGCUACCCGCCAAGGCGCCAAAGUCUGCACUGGCCUCUGUAUAUCUCACGGGCUCAGCCCCGGAGAGCGACGCGUCACAGGAAGACAGAAGAACUGCGUCGCUGCAAUACAUAAACAUACGCGGUAACACCAUCCGGCAGAUCAUCCUGCCCGAUUCCCUGAAUCUGGACGCCUUACUGGUAGAUAAGAACGAGAUAAAUAGGCUGAAACGCUCUGGGAAGGUAGUCAACGACCCCAACCGCAAAAGAAGGAUCGAGCACCACAGCAGCUCGACGAAGAGGGUCAAAAGGGCACUGUAA